AUGUCUGAGACUUACAACAUCGGUACUGGCCACUGCACGCCGGCCAUCCUCGACGUUGCACCGAUAUUAUUCCAAGGCGUGUUGUCUGUUACUGCAGUCAAACUGACAUGUGUGACCUUACGAGGUGCUGUUCAAUUGAAAAAUCUCCAUCCCCUCAACACCUUGAUACUGACGAACAACCAAUUCACCGAAUUUCCUCGAGAGUUAUGUGCUGAUAUUCCUCUUCUCGAGGAACUGAUAGUAACAAAGCAACAAAUUGAUACUCUAUCUUCCUCUUCAUUUUCUAAUAUUACUGAUCGUCUUGAGGAAUUAAUUCUACCUUUCAAUGAUUUGAAAUUCAUUGAACUACAAGCUUUUGCGACAUUUUAUCGCCUGGAGAAGUUGGACAUUAGGAGUAAUCGCUUGGAGGUGUUACGCUCUGGAACGUUCGCUGGCCUCGGUAAUUUGACCUCCCUAAAUUUGGGCGACAACCGAUUGAGAGAAAUAGCACCGGGAACAUUUUCUGGUUUACAGAAGCUGCGCAUUAUUAAUUUGGAAGACAACGCUUUGGAGAGCUUGUCGGAUACCACUUUCAACAAUCUCAUAAGUUUGGAGGAGAUAAAACUUUAUGGGAAUGCCCUAAAAAUUCCUCAAGAAUUUUGUGUGGACAGCCCGAAACUUGAGUACUUAAUAGUGAGGUAUCAACACAUUAGAACUCUAUCUCCUGCUUCUUUUGCGAGGAUGAAUACUGAAGUCCUCAAAGAACUUCUCCUAGAGUUUAAUGGACUGGAAUCUGUUGAGCCACAAACUUUCGCGAGAUUUCGUCAUCUGAAGAUUUUAGAUCUGUCAGACAAUAGCUUGGAGAUCCUACGUCGUGGUGUAUUCGGUGGUCUCGAUGAACUGGAGAAACUGUGGGUAGUCAACAACUCGCUGAGGCACGUGGAACCUGGCAUUUUUUCCGGUUUGAAGAAUCUCCGCUUGCUUGAUUUGAGGGAUAAUCGCCUGACAACUCUGCCGUCCGGUAUUUUCGAUGAACUCAAACAUUUGGAGAAGUUGGAACUCUUCGGAAAUGCGAUAACUGCUGUUACUGGGAGUUUACUACAAGCCACUCACGAACUGUCUUACUUGUCUCUAGGCUUCAGUGAAAGAAUCCAGAUAGAACCGAAUGCAUUUCAAGGUUUAAGUCUGAAUUUUUUCUUGCUGAAUGGUGAUCAGAUGAAUUAUCUGAGCGCUGGAGCUUUCGGCGGCCUCACUACGGAGGUAGUAUGGCUUCGGCGUAAAAGUAUCCUCAACUUCAAGCCCAACUUGUUUGAGAAUCUCACAAUAACUAUCGGUUUCGUCCUUUAUGAGCCGGAAGUCACUUUAGUUGACAGGAAAAGUUGGGGUUUGGACUCGAAAAUAGUCCUGAGGUCGAACCCUCUGUAUAUGUUCGGGGAUGAGAAAACACAUCUUUAUUAA